AUGCGUUGCAAGAAAUGGGCACCUUCUGCUGGUGCUCUGUUGAUGCUUCUGUGCUCGCCGUUCGCCACCUCUUGGUGCUGGGUUCUUAUGCUAGAAGCACCUGGUUGGAAAGAAAAAAUCUUGAACAUGCGAGAACCAAGCCGAGAGCAAUGGUUGGCUUCUUGGUCGAAAGCCGCAAAGCUGCAUGCGCAGUGUCAUCGCAAUUGGCUGAACUCUCCGCAGCUGGCAGCGGAAACGACGCGACGUUUCUCUGGGGAUAUUCUGGUAGCCUUUGGUGCCCAUGUCUACGGUGUGGGAGUCGCAGAACAGUUUCUAAAUAAAAAAACGUUUUUGUGGGAGAUCGAGCAUGCAUGCUCGCACGCUCUCGGCGGUGAUAUUGUUCUGGAACUUCUGGGCUCUACAGCGCGUGGCACUGGAUUGAAUUUUAUUGAUGGUGAUAUGGACAUUCAGGUCUCCAGGCGACCGGGUUCCGGUCGAGCUCAUGAGCCUUUCACGGACACUGACAAGCGACGCGUCGCACAGAAUCUGGAAAAGCUCGACUUUAUCUCAGAUGUGACCAUCGGGAACAUUGCUAUCAAGUUUGCCAUGACUGCUAUAAAUGUCGAUCUUGUGCUCUGGAAGGAGCGAUCUGAGGAGUUUCCAGCACUUCGCGGAGGGUCGACUUUCUACAACAAUUCAAAGCGGAUCAAUGCUUUCUUGGAUCAAUCGCCUAUCGCAAAGCAGGCCAUUAUUGCGAUUAAGACAUAUUUCGCUCGUGGCCGUCCAAAAGGGCUCCUUCUUGAGGCCAUUGCCUGGCGGCUGGGGUCAAUGAAAUUGGAGCUGAAGACGAUUUUGAGAAGAGUGAAGGACGCAUACCCGAAGUCCUGGGGUCCUUCAUCUUUUUCCGAGCGAUGUUUGAAGAACUCCGGAAUUGGAAACGGGCACCUCAUUUCGGCCGCCAGCUUCAGCAAGACUUGGCUAUGCUUUCGGACAGGAAGAGGGCCGAGUACACUGCAGGCUUCCAGGAAAUCGCAUGCAUAA